ACGUGAACGCGCCCCCGUCAAAUAUUUUUAACCCGUUCCAUACGGUAUUAGAAAAAGACCACCCGAAGCCUUGGACGAAGUUGCAGAAAGUGUGGUGUUUCUGGACAUGAAGCUAAAGCACAGAGUUAUAGUGACUGGUACUCUGUUCCUAGGGAUGUCCGUUUUAUUUCUCGUCGGCAUUCUAUUUGCUUCAAGUCGAGAAGACGCCGCGGAGACGGUAAAAAACGUGCCUAAAGUCGAGCCUCCAGUGGGCGAGGAGCAGGACCCCGACCUGCAGGGGGAAGAGGGGCUGGAGAGAAACAGACGACUGCAGCAGAAGGUGGACCACACGAACAGAGACGAGGCGCUGGAGAAGCAGCCAAGGGGUCCUGAGGUGAAAGAGUUGGCUGCCCAGAGGGGUCCCAAGGGACGCGAGCUCUCAGACGACCCGCAGUUCAAGAUACCGCCUGAGAUUAUUGGUGAAGGACUCAGAGUUGGAGACCUUCGAGAUGGAGUUGGUGAGGAAGGGAGAGAUCCGUGGAAAGUGUGGGGGUCGUGGGUCAGACAGGAUCACUUCUACCCCGACGAUGCAUUCUGGUCGGCCGACAUGGAUUCCAUCCUUCACGCCAUGGCAACCUACCCGAUUUUGUCGUUCGACGUGGGGCACAGAGGUACGCAGCUGAAAGCCAGCAUGUUCCUCGGGGAGCAGCGAACGGCAUUCAAACCAAGGAGGUAUCAGAGAGAUGAAGUAAUUCAGGGAGAUCCGUAUGCUGGAUUUGACAGACAUAAUGCAGAGAUUGCCGGAUUCCACCUCGAUGGACUGCUGGGAUUCAGAAUAGCUCCUCCGGUGGUAGGCAGGAGAGUCAACUUGACAUAUGUGUGGCCCGUAACCACCGAUACCCUCAGGAACACCUACUUCAAAGACACCUACGGAAACACGUGUUUCUACGGGAAGUGUUACUACUGUAGAAAGGAGGAGGCGGCCUGUGCGAACGGUGAGGUGAUGGAGGGUUCGGUGACGCUGUGGCUUCCUGAAUGGUACGAGUUGAAGACCCGCAGACAUCCCUACCAGAGAACCUACCGCCCCAACCACAAGGCCAAGUGGGAGACGGACGAUUUAUACUGCAACAACUACAUAAUCAGCAAAUCUGAUUCCGACUACUUUUACGGACUACUGGAAUUCACAGAUUCGUGUAUCUUUGACUUUCUUAUGGGUAAUGCAGACAGGCAUCACUAUGAGACGUAUGCAAAAGCCAGUAAGCACGGCAAACUAUUGCACAUUGACAAUGGAAAGAGUUUUGGGAAUCCGUAUCACGAUGAGAUGUCUAUUUUAGCUCCACUUCAACAAUGCUGCAGGGUGAGACAGUCAACGUGGGACCGUCUGCAAGAGCUGAUUCACUCUGAGCCCAGUCUCUCACAGAGACUCGACCAGAGCAUGAGGAGGGACCCUGCGUACCCCAUUCUCACCUCCCUCCAUCUACAGGCCAUCGAUAGACGUCUGGAUAUCAUCGACAAGUCCAUCAGAGACUGCUUUGCUGCACACGGCAGGGACACUGUACUCUGUGCCAAGUGGCCACCGGAUACCUGAGCCAGGAGCCUUGUUUAGUCAAUCUGUUCCUUACUCUGCCUUUUCCGUUCUUAAUUCAGUUUUUCUGUUGCCUUUUUAAAAAAACAUUUUUCUGUUCGUUUUUCUCUGUUCCUUGUUCUGCAUUUCCUUUCACCUCACUGCUAUCCACAAUGCUGCCCAUUCUUACUGUUGAUAUGAAGAUUCCUGCUUGAGUUAAUGGGAUGUAUAUCUGGCAAAGAAAUCGAGGGAGGUUAUGGGAUAUAUUAUCGAGGGCCUUCUCCCCCAGGUGGUACUGUGGUGUCCAUCUCGCCAGAAGCAAUCAUGAGCAUCCGACCAAAUUCCUCAUCUGUCACACAUACCUCAUCUACUGUAGGUAAACUGCUGCUCUUUCCUUCCUCUUCUCCUUCUCUGCUACCUACAUGUCCUCUCGCUCCAGCUGACAGCGCCCUCCCAAGCUGCACUGCCAACAGGUGUUUGCAAAGCAGCGAAUCCUGCUUUACUAGCACAGUGUAGACAAACGAGGGACAGCUACAGUAGUCCGAGGAGGUGAGACAGGUGUAGAAACGACCUCCGCUCCCUCUGACGCGGUAGAGCUCUCUACCGGCGGUGCAGUAGUAGCGAGUAACGGAGCCUCUGUCGAGAAGAUCCAAGGCUUGGUGGAGAGGCGCCUGAAACACGAAAAGAAGGGCAGACACGAGGUCUUCGGAGAUACUACCAGACUCUUCGGCCUCUCUUUUCACUUCCAACAGUAACUGGUCAGCCGUAGACUGCAGAAUAGAGCCGCAGGCCCCUGCAGAAGAAGACGAGCUGCAGCUGGCAGCC